AAAUCCAUUCAAACCCUUCGCUGCUCACUUUUCCCGGUUCCGUUCUCGUCAUCGCCAUUUCCAAGUGCCCUAACCCAACAAUUCUGCUUCUCGGACAAAAAAUUCCGAGAGAGAGAGGGAGAGCGAUGUUGGGUUGGCGGGCGUUCGCCGGAGUGUCGGAGUGACGGUGAGGGAGCGAUACCACCUUACAAGAGAGAUUGCUGCUGCGGGCGGCGGCGAAGAUGGCCGGGAUGACGAGAACAGCAGGAGCAUUUUCGUUGACACCUCACAAGGUCUCCGUCUGCAUUCUUCUGCAGAUCUACGCGCCUUCUGCUCAGAUGUCUCUUCCUUUCCCUUUCUCUUCCGUUUCUCAGCACAAUCGACUCGGCCUCUACUUGCUCGCUCUCACUAAGUCUUGUGAUGAUAUAUUUGAGCCGAAGCUCGAAGAGCUCAUUAAACAGUUGAGGGAAGUCGGUGAUGUGAUGGAUGCUUGGCUAACUGACCAUUUAACUAAUAGGUUGUCCUCUUUGUCGUCAGCAGAUGAUUUGUUGAAUUUCUUCAAUGACAUGCGAGGAAUACUUGGGAAUCUUGAUACUGGAGUUGUACAAGAUGAUCAGAUUAUCUUGGAUCCUACUAGCAACUUGGGAAUGUUUGUUCGUCGUUGCAUUCUUGCAUUUAACCUACUAUCAUUUGAGGCCAUUUGUCAUCUUUUGACAAACAUUGGACUCUACUGCAAAGAACCGGAUCCAAGUUCUGCUCCAUACAAGCUGGCUCAAUUUGAUGAUUCUGAUCAUAAUCUGGAUUUCUUGACUUACGAGAAGAUGAACAUGGAGAAUUUUGUAGCUAAUAAAGUGACAGAAGAAAUGGAGAUACAAAAAGAUGCUGGUGGAAGAGUCCCUUUUCACCUUCAUACCCCGGAAGCCCUCUUUAGAGUGAUAAAAGAUCUUCAAGUUAGUAGGGAGGAGAAAUCAAGACCCAGUAGGAAAAAUACAGAGGCUGCUUCAUUUGCUAGUACUUCAGCAAGUAAUCUUGGGGAUGAUGAGUUUGGUGAGACAGUAUUCCUUCGGACAAACUGGCAGAUACAAGGCUACUUAAUGGAACAAGCGGAUGCAAUUGAAGCCCAUGGAAGUUCGUUUUCUUUGAGUUCUAUCGAUGUUUUCCUAAAGCAGCUUCAGAAUUUGGCCCCUGAAUUACAUCGUGUUCACUUUUUGCGUUACUUGAAUAAACUUUACAAUGACGACUGUUUUGCUGCUCUGGAAAAUCUCCUCCGCUACUUUGAUUACAGUGCAGGGAACGAGGGCUUUGAUCUUGUUCCUCCUUCAGCUGGUUGUAGCAUGUAUGGAAGGUAUGAGAUUGGUUUGCUAUGUUUGGGAAUGAUGCAUUUCCACUUUGGGCACCCUAAGUUGGCUUUGGAGGUUUUAACAGAAGCAGUUCGUGUAUCACAGCAGCUAAGUAAUGAUACAUGUCUAGCAUACACACUAGCAACUAUGAGCAACUUGCUAUCAGAGGCUGGUGUUGCAAGCACUUUUGGUGCUCUUGGAUCAUCGUACUCACCUGUCAGUAGCUCUGGUUCUUCACUAUCAAUACAACAACAGCUUUACAUUUUUCUGAAAGAUUCUUUGAAGAGAGCUGAAAGUCUAAAGUUAAAACGUUUGGUGGCCUCCAAUCAUCUUGCAAUGGCUAAAUUUGAGUUGAUGCAUGUGCAAAGGCCUCUCCUAGUUUUUGGUCCUAAAGCUUCUAUGCGACACAAAACUUGUCCAGUUAGUGUCUGCAAGGAGCUACGACUAGGUGCACACCUAAUCAGCGAGUUUUCUUCUGAAAGCUCUACAAUGGCAGUUGAUGGUUCUCUGAGCUCAGUUUGGCUUAAGGAUCUGCAAAAAUCACGGGUUUCACCUGUGUUUUCUCAAGGCUGUGAAUCGGGAACGAGUUCGAGUUUUUUCCAGUACUGUGGUCAUUUGGUUUCAAUACCUGGAUCUGUAUCACAAUUGAUAGGUUCUUCAUAUUUACUCCGGGCUACUACAUGGGAAAUAUAUGGCAGUGCUCCAAUGGCUCGGAUGAAUACCCUGGUGUAUGCAACCUUAUUUGGUGAUUCCUCAAGUUCUUCAGAUGCGGAGUUAGCGUGCUUGAAGCUUAUCCAGCAUUUGGCACUUUAUAAAGGAUAUAAAGAAGCCUUUGCUGCUCUUAAGAUUGCGGAGGAGAAGUUUUUAACUGUUUCAAAAUCAAGAAUGUUGUCGCUCAAGUUGCAGCUGCUACAUGAACAUGCGUUGCAUCAUGGGAAUGUAAAGCUAGCUCAACGCAUGUGCGAUGAGCUAGGUGGCUUGGCAUCAACCGUCACAGGGGUAGAUAUGGAGCUGAAGGUGGAAGCAAGAGUUCGCAAAGCUCGGACAUUGCUUGCGGCAAACCAGUACAGCCAGGCAGCAAGUGUGGCACACUCUCUCUUUUGCAUGUGUUAUAAAUUUAAUUUGCAAAUUGAGAAGGCUUCUGUUCUUCUUCUGCUUGCUGAGAUUCACAAGAAGUCAGGAAAUGCUGUUCUGGGUCUUCAAUAUGUGCUGGCAAGCAUCUCAUUUUGCCAGUCAUUCAAUCUGGACCUUCUCAAAGCAUCAGCUACUCUAACGCUGGCUGAGCUGUGGCUUGGUCUUGGACAGAGCCAUGCAAAACGGGCUUUAGACCUUUUGCAUGGGGCCUUCCCUAUGAUUCUUGGACAUGGAGGCCUGGAACUGCGUGCUCGGGCAUAUAUAUUUGAAGCAAAGUGCUAUCUGUCUGAUCCAAGCUUUUCAGUUCUCAAAGAUGCUGAGACUGUUCUGGAUUCAUUGAGGCAAGCUACAGAUGAGCUUCAAGCCCUGGAGUACCAUGAACUGGCAGCAGAAGCUUACUAUUUGAUGGCUAUGGUGUACGACCAGUUAGGACAAGCAGGGGAUAGAGAAGAAGCCGCCGCUUUGUUCAAGCAACAUGUUAUGUCGCUGGAGAACCCUCAACCAAAAAUUCCCUGAAUCUCUCUCUCUCUCUCUCUCUCUCUC